AUGGACUACCUUUACCCCCACCUGACAAAUUUUUGUUCACUCCAUUUGCGGAUAUUGUCCAAUGUUCAGCAAUCGAUGACUACGGGAGACGAACAGCCCUUGGACCUUUCAUGGCCAGAAACUCAUUUCAAACGGUUUAUCUUCGUGCUUUUGGCCCCGAUCACAUUUCCGUUAGCUUUUACACUGCCUGAUGUGCGGAAGCCUUCAUGGCGUUCGUGGUUCAUUGUGACCUUCGUAGGAUCGGUUCUGUGGAUAGCGCUGUACUCAUAUUUAAUGGUUUGGUGGGCCAACACUAUUGGAGAAACCUUCGCUAUACCCACAGAGAUCAUGGGGCUCACUAUACUUGCAGCUGGUACCAGUAUACCCGAUUUGAUCACAAGCGUGAUUGUUGCUCGCAAAGGUCUGGGAGAUAUGGCUGUAUCAAGCUCUAUUGGUAGCAAUCUUUUUGAUAUUUGCGUCGGGUAA